AAGUGACUAAUGACUCCAUCCUACCCCCCAACCUGGCAUCAGAACCUCUAAACAUGUCAGUUUAUGCUCCAAAGGAGAAUCAAGGUUGCUGGUGGACUUAGCUCAUCAGUUGAUUUUACUUAAUCUUUUUUUGAGUCAGCUGACUUUUUAGAACAGGGGGUUGUUUUGAAUGAUCUGAAUGGCCUGAGGUAAUUACAAGGAUGACUGAAAGAACACAGGACUCAACCUGCUACUACUGGCUUUGAAGGUAGGGGAGCCAGGAACAAUGGAAGCACCUCAAGAAGCCUGAGGAAACAGGAAACAGAUUAUUGUCGAGACCCCACAGUAUAAGACAGUCCUACUACUAACAUCUUCAUUUUUUUUAUUUAAAAAAAAUUUUUUUUGCUUUUUGGGUCACACCCGGCGACGCACAGGGGUUCCUCCUGGCUCUGCACUCAGGAAUUACUCCUGGCGGUGCUCAGGGGACCAUAUGGAAUGCUGGGAAUCAAACCCAGGUCAGCCAAAUGUAAGGCAAAUGCUCUACCGCUAUGCUCUCUCCAGCCCUAACAUCUUCAUUUCAGACCAGUGCCACCCUUCAGGUCUACAGAGCUGUUAAGAGAAAAUUAAUAGAACCCAUAUUGUAAUUAGAGUGAUAGCACAGCGGGUACAGUGUUUGCCUUGCAUGUGGCCGUCCCAGGCUUGAUUCCUCCGUCCCUCUCAGAGCCCGGCAAGCUACUGAGAGUAUCUCGCCUGCACGGCAGAGCGUGGCAAGCUACCCCUAGUGAAGUCAGUGAUACGCCAAAAACAGUAACAAGUCUCACAAUGAUGUUACUGGUGCCCACUCGAGCAAACUGAUGACAGUGCAUAUUGAAAGGAAUCUAUGGGGGCCAGAGAGUGUACAUUCAGUACAACUUACUAGAUACCCGGCCAACCUGAGUUUGAUUCCUGACACUCUAUAUGGUAUCCUUAACUUUGCCAGGAGUUAUCCUUGAGCCCAGUCAGAAUCAAGCCAUGUACACCACUAGGUGUGGCUCCAAAACACAAAGAAAGAACUUCACAACUCAAUUCCCUCCUUACUCUUUCUCCUUUGGUUUAUACUGCCAGCAAGGCUUAUUCAGUAUCAGCUGUAUUUAUUUUGGGGAGGUGUGGGAAACAUUACUCUAAGAGUCAAUCCUAUAAAAAAAAAGACUCAUCUUUCCUGAUCAACCAUAGUCUCCAUUCCUAGCUCUUCCCAUAUAGGAAGUCAAUCACUUUAAUUUCAGGUUUAUCCUUCUAUUCCACCUCUACCACCCAAAGGGAGUCGAUUAGUUUUUUUUUUUAAUAUCCCCUUCUUUCUGACACAAAGGAUUAUAUAGCAUACUUCUGCUUCUAUGCAAAAUCAACUGUGUUGCCUUUUUGUGUUUUCCCUCCUCCCCAACACUGAAGUGGUGGUAGAUGCUACUCUUAGCUCUGUGCUGUAGGGGGGCUUGAGGGGGGCACGUGGUACCAGAUAUCUAACUGGGUCUCCCACGUACAAAGAACGCAAUCAUUGCACAAAAUCAACUUUUUAAAAGUUAAGUGAAUUUUAGGCGAGGCAGUUUCACUGAAAUGCUGAGGACCAACAUGAAAGGGAUCAAAGCAUGAGGCGGGAGGUGAAAGAGAUGAAAGAACACAGUAAUCUGCAAAUUCUAAUCCUUAUCAGGGGUUAGGGUGGACUUCACACUAUAGAUCCCUCGGAGACGCAUUCACUUUUUUUUUUUUUUUUACUAAUUUAAUUUAUUAAUGUGGGUAGCAAGUGGCUCAGACGACGGCGUUAUUACCUAGGAACUAUUCCCUUUCCUCAGGUUCUCUACGUGCGUUUGAGAACGGGAGUCGCUCGGAAAUGACAAGUUCCUGAAUCCCAAAGCUUCCAUUUAUGUGGCAUAGUGCCACGGCAGAGUCUCAGUCCGCGAGUCUAAAGCGGCACACAAAUCGAUUUAGUUUUAACUCUUAAAACUACUUAGCAGGUAUCUCGUCGACGACGCACAACCUGGCCCGAAGGGCCAGACACAGGAUACAGUAUCAGACCCGAGACUCUUUUCUCUCAAGUGAUCUCACUAAGCGUGCGUGAAUCCUUUGCAAACGAAAGCACAAACACCCUUUCACCUCCAGGCAGAGGGAGCGACUAUUCCCAGGAUCCCGGGCCGUUUCGAUUGACGUUACUUCCGGGAAAAGUAACCUUUCUCCGGCGGUUGCAGGCCUGGAAGGACUCGCGACAUUUGCUCGCGCGAGAUCUGCUUGCUCACUCUAGCGAUGACAUCCUCCUCCUCCUCCCCGCCGCCUUUCGGCAAUCUUCGCCAGUCCCAGCCCCGACCAAUCUGCACUCAGAUGGCAUGGAUCAGGGUCUCCCCCGCGAACCCCGGUCCGCGCGGGGCGUCCGGCGGCAGCGGCGGGGUGCGAGUUGCACGAGGCCGGCGGCAGCGGCACAGCAGGCGGCCACGGGCUGGCGACGAGCAGCGAGCGUGGGCGGGGCGGGGGUUAGCCAGCAGAGUAGCGGCUCGAUUGUUCUGGCCUAGCUAUGGCGCCUCUCCUCCCCCCCGCCAUGGCUCCCCGUGUCCCUGCUCCGCUCCUCUCAGUGAGUGAAAGUGGCCGCCGCCGCCGCCGGCCCAGCGCCCGCAGCCGCCUCAGCGCCGCCGCCAUCUUGGGGUCCCAGGAGCCGCUGAGGGAGCGAGCUAGGAGCGUCCACGCCCAACGCAGUCACCGUCCCACGGCCUCAGAGAGCGAACCGCGGCUCCACCGUCGGCGGGGCGACCCCCCCCUCCGGACCCCGCCCGCACCCCGCCCCCCCUCCGCCGCCGCUGCGGCGGCGGGGCCCGGCGGCCCGAGCUGUGCAUCCAGAGACCCUUGUGCAUGAAGACAGAUUUGUUCUAUGGCCUCGGAGUUGGGUGCCGGGGACGAUGGCGGCUGCACUGAGCUGGCAAAGCCCCUCUAUCUUCAGUACCUGGAGAGGGCCCUCCGGUUGGACCAUUUCCUGCGACAAACAUCAGCCAUCUUCAACAGGAAUAUUUCUAGUGAUGAAAGUGAAGAUGGACUGGAUGACAGUAACCCAUUAUUGCCCCAGUCUGGGGAUCCCUUAAUACAAGUUAAGGAAGAGCCUCCAAAUUCAUUGCUUGGUGAACCUUCUGGAUCAGGCAAUUCUGGAAUGUUAAACACAUAUUCACUGAAUGGGGUUCUACAAUCAGAAUCGAAAUCUGACAAAGGGAAUUUAUAUAACUUCUCUAAAUUGAAGAAAAGCAGAAAGUGGCUAAAGAAUAUUCUGCUAAGUGAUGAGUCCAGUGAGGCAGAUUCUCAGAGUGAAGACAGUGAAGAAGAAGAAGAGGAGGAAGAACUCAAUCUCAGUAGAGAAGAACUUCAUAAUAUGCUUCGGCUGCACAAGUACAAGAAACUUCAUCAGACAAAGUAUAGCAAAGACAAGGAGUUGCAGCAAUACCAGUACUACAGUGCAGGCCUGCUCUCCACAUACGACCCUUUUUAUGAACAACAACGGCAUCUCCUUGGACCCAAAAAAAAGAAAUUCAAGGAGGAAAAGAAACUUAAAGCCAAGUUAAAAAAAGUGAAGAAAAAAAGACGAAGAGAUGAAGAACUUUCCUCAGAAGAGUCCCCUCGUCGCCAUCACCACCAGACCAAAGUCUUUGCCAAGUUUUCUCAUGAUGCACCUCCUCCUGGCACCAAGAAGAAGCACUUAUCCAUCGAGCAGCUUAAUGCUCGUCGAAGGAAAGUAUGGCUCAGCAUUGUGAAAAAGGAACUACCAAAAGCCAAUAAGCAGAAAGCUUCAGCUCGUAACCUGUUUCUCACCAAUAGCCGAAAGCUUGCCCACCAGUGCAUGAAGGAGGUACGUCGAGCUGCCCUGCAGGCCCAAAAGAACUGUAAGGAGACUCUGCCUCGUGCCCGUCGCCUUACAAAGGAGAUGCUUCUGUACUGGAAGAAAUAUGAAAAGGUAGAAAAGGAACACCGUAAGCGUGCAGAGAAAGAAGCCUUGGAGCAGCGGAAGUUGGAUGAAGAAAUGCGGGAGGCCAAGAGGCAACAGAGAAAGCUGAACUUUUUAAUCACGCAGACAGAGUUGUAUGCCCAUUUCAUGAGUCGCAAGCGAGACAUGGGUCAUGAUGGAAUCCAGGAAGAAAUCUUAAGAAAACUGGAAGACAGUUCUACCCAGAGACAAAUCGACAUUGGCGGAGGGGUGGUAGUUAAUAUCACACAGGAAGAUUAUGAUAGCAACCAUUUCAAAACCCAGGCUCUGAAGAAUGCUGAAAAUGCUUACCAUAUUCAUCAAGCUCGGACAAGGUCUUUUGAUGAAGAUGCAAAAGAAAGUCGAGCAGCUGCCCUCCGGGCAGCAAAUAAAUCUGGCACUGGGUUUGGGGAGAGUUACAGCCUGGCAAACCCAUCUAUUCGUGCUGGCGAGGAUAUUCCACAGCCCACAAUUUUUAAUGGCAAAUUAAAAGGUUAUCAGCUGAAAGGCAUGAAUUGGUUGGCAAAUCUCUAUGAACAGGGUAUUAAUGGAAUUCUCGCCGAUGAAAUGGGCCUUGGCAAAACAGUACAGAGCAUUGCUCUCCUGGCUCACCUGGCAGAAAGAGAGAAUAUUUGGGGACCUUUCUUAAUAAUCUCACCUGCUUCUACACUUAACAAUUGGCACCAGGAGUUUACUAGAUUUGUUCCAAAAUUUAAGGUGCUACCAUAUUGGGGAAAUCCUCAUGACAGGAAAGUAAUCAGGAGAUUCUGGAGUCAAAAAACCCUCUACACUCAGGAUGCCCCCUUCCACGUUGUCAUCACAAGUUAUCAGCUGGUAGUACAAGAUGUAAAGUAUUUCCAGCGGGUCAAGUGGCAGUACAUGGUAUUGGAUGAGGCUCAAGCGCUCAAGAGUAGCUCCAGCGUUCGUUGGAAGAUCCUCUUGCAGUUCCAAUGUCGGAAUCGUCUUUUGCUAACUGGGACCCCUAUUCAGAACACCAUGGCAGAGCUCUGGGCGCUGCUACACUUCAUUAUGCCAACAUUAUUUGAUUCACAUGAGGAAUUUAAUGAAUGGUUUUCCAAGGACAUUGAGAGCCAUGCAGAAAACAAAUCCGCCAUUGAUGAGAAUCAGCUCUCUCGUUUACACAUGAUCUUAAAGCCUUUUAUGCUGAGGAGAAUCAAGAAAGAUGUGGAGAAUGAAUUGUCAGACAAGAUUGAGAUUCUGAUGUAUUGCCAACUGACCAGCCGACAGAAGCUGCUGUAUCAGGCACUGAAGAACAAAAUUUCCAUUGAGGAUUUAUUGCAGUCUUCUAUGGGCUCUACCCAGCAAGCACAGACCACCACCAGCAGCCUCAUGAAUCUGGUCAUGCAGUUUAGGAAGGUGUGUAAUCACCCAGAGUUAUUUGAAAGGCAAGAAACUUGGUCUCCAUUUCAUAUUUCCCUAAAGCCAUAUCAGAUUUCAAAGUUUAUCUACCGUCAUGGACAGAUCAGGGUUUUCAACCAUUCACGAGACAGGUGGUUAAGGGUUCUUCUUUCUCCAUUUGCACCUGACUAUAUCCAGCAAUCUCUCUUUCACAGAAAAGGUGUUAAUGAAGAAAGUUGUUUCUCUUUUCUUCGCUUUAUUGAUGUUUCUCCAUCAGAAAUGGCAAACCUUAUGCUUCAGGGACUUUUGGCCAGAUGGUUAGCUCUUUUCCUGUCUCUGAAAGCCUCCUACAGGCUCCAUCAGCUGCGUUCCUGGGGAGAGCCAGAAGGAGAUACCCAGCAGAGAUAUCUCAGAAACAAGGAUUUCCUCCUUGGGGUUAAUUUUCCACUCUCCUUUCCUAAUCUUUGUAGCUGCCCUUUGUUAAAGUCUCUUGUUUUCAGCAGCCACUGUAAAGCAGUGAGUGGCUAUUCAGACCAGGUCAUCCAUCAGCGGAGAUCAGCUACCUCCUCGCUUCGUUGCUGCCUGCUUACUGAGCUGCCAUCUUUUUUGUGUGUGGCCAGCCCACGAGUCACCGCGGUGCCAUUGGACUCUUACUGCAAUGACCGGAGUGCAGAGUAUGAGCGACGAGUGUUGAAAGAAGGAGGGAGCCUGGCAGCUAAGCAGUGUUUGUUAAAUGGGGCCCCAGAACUGGCCGAGAACUGGCUAAAUCGACGAUCCCAGUUCUUCCCAGAGCCAGCGGGAGGACUGUGGAGCAUUCGGCCUGAGAACGGGUGGUCUUUCAUCAGGAUUCCAGGCAAAGAGAGCCUCAUUACUGACAGUGGAAAACUGUAUGCCCUUGAUGUCCUCCUGACUCGGCUCAAGUCUCAAGGACAUAGGGUCCUCAUCUACUCCCAGAUGACCAGGAUGAUAGACCUGCUGGAGGAAUAUAUGGUUUACAGGAAGCAUACCUACAUGAGGCUUGAUGGGUCAUCCAAGAUCUCGGAGAGGCGGGACAUGGUUGCUGAUUUUCAGAACAGGAAUGACAUCUUUGUGUUCCUGCUAAGCACACGAGCUGGAGGAUUGGGUAUCAACCUCACUGCUGCAGAUACGGUGAUUUUCUAUGACAGCGACUGGAACCCCACUGUGGACCAGCAAGCCAUGGACAGGGCCCAUCGUUUAGGGCAGACAAAACAGGUUACUGUCUACCGGCUUAUCUGCAAAGGCACCAUUGAAGAACGCAUCCUGCAGCGGGCCAAGGAGAAGAGUGAGAUUCAGCGAAUGGUGAUUUCUGGUGGGAACUUCAAACCAGAUACCUUGAAACCCAAAGAAGUGGUUAGUCUUCUUCUAGACGAUGAAGAGUUGGAGAAGAAAUUGAGACUGCGGCAAGAAGAGAAACGGCAGCAGGAGGAAACCAACCGAGUCAAAGAGCGCAAGCGCAAGCGGGAGAAAUAUGCAGAAAAGAAGAAAAGGGAAGACGAAUUGGAUGGGAAGAGGAGAAAGGAGGGUGUGAACCUGGUGAUCCCGUUUGUCCCGUCAGCUGAUAACUCCAACCUCUCCGCUGACGGGGAUGACUCCUUCAUCAGCGUGGACUCAGCCAUGCCCAGCCCGUUCAGUGAGAUCUCCAUCAGCAGCGAGCUGCACACGGGCUCCAUCCCCCCUGACGAGAGCAGCAGUGACAUGCUGGUCAUCGUGGACGAUCCAGCCUCCUCAGCACCUCAGUCUCGAGCCACCAACUCCCCUGCCUCGGUCACAGGCUCUGUCUCAGACACCGUGAAUGGAAUUUCCAUUCAGGAAAUGCCAGCUGCAGGACGUGGCCACUCAGCUCGAAGCCGGGGCCGCCCCAAAGGUUCUGGAAGCACAGCCAAAGGAGCCGGCAAAGGCCGAAGCCGGAAGUCCACUGCGGGCAGUGCUGCUGCCAUGGCAGGAGCCAAAGCAGGGGCUGCGGCUGCCUCUGCAGCCGCCUAUGCUGCAUACGGGUAUAACGUGUCUAAAGGCAUCUCCGCCAGCAGUCCUCUGCAGACAUCCAUUGUCCGGCCUGCUGGCCUUGCUGACUUCGGACCGUCAAGCGCCUCUUCCCCUUUGAGUUCCCCUUUGAGCAAAGGAAAUAAUGUUCCUGGGACUCCCAAGGCCCUCCUCUUGACCAGCAGCCUCGCCCCGGACUCCCUAGCCCGGAAGCAGGGCAAAGGCACCCACCCCUCUGGAGGGCGGUAACCCCUGGGCCCUCCAGCUUCCUUCAACCAAACCAGAGCUAGAGGCGAGGCCUGCAGAUUUUCUCCGGCUGGCGUGACUGCUGCAGCACAGCGAGGACAGGCAUCACCAGGCUCUCAAGAAGCGUGUCCUGGGGUUGCACGGAGAGCAGCCCCCGCCUGUCACACGACGUUAUAGCCAAGUCUUAACACCUCAUCGUGGGCGGAGCUGCUGGGGCACGGGGCUGGCUCUCUGGUCAAGGCCCGGAAGUGCAGCGAAGACCCUGCCGCCGGGGAUGGGUUUGGACAUCUCCGGGGCUGUGCGCCCCUCAGCUAGACAGGGCAGGCGGGCACCAGGGAGCUGGUGUCCUGGGGUCUGCUGUGUCGAGGUGGAGGAGACUGAGGGUGACGGGUCAGGAGCCGCACGCCGAGACACCGCUGUCUUCUCAGCGUUUCCUCCCCCUCAGCUCCCACCAGCAGCAGUAGCAGCAGUGCUCCUCCUCCCCUGGGGAUCUCCUCAGUCAGCUGGGAGUGCCCUUGCCCUUCCCAAUCCUGAAUGCACAGCCCCGCCCCGCCCCCGCCCAGCUGCCCCUGCUUGGCUGUAUGCACUGUCUGUAUUGCACUGAGAACAGAAGGGACCGCAGGAGUGAGAGGAGGACAGAGAAGAGGACAAGCUCAGCGCCCCUCCCCGCCCCCCCGCACCACCAGCCUGAGCUUGCUCCCCCAGAGGAGGGGGCAGUCUGCAUGGGAGGGUCAUCCUGCCCCAGCCGGACGCCCCAUGGGGCAGGUGCUUUGGGGUGGGCCAGCCUCUAAUUUGCACACCUGAAAAUCGCGGAAUUGAAUUUAGAUAGAUUGAUUUUUUUAAACUUUUUUUUUUUGAGUAUGGGUCAUUAGGGGAAUCAUUUAAUUUAAAUCAUUUAAGAUUUCCCUGCCCAAACCCAGACUCCUGUGUACAGAUACUAUUUAGAGGGAAUCAGAAAAAUGCCAAGCCUUUUUUCUCUUUGAAUGUGCUGUCUAUUUUUAUAACUGAACUUGUACAUAUGUAUAAAGAGAGACACAUCUUUCUUUUACUAACUGGAGAAAAAAAAUCUUAAAUAAAAUGGAGUGAGAUAAUUUUA